CGCUAAAUUACUAAACUUGUGAAUAUCAGUAACAGUAAAAUGUCUAACAAACUAGUGGUUGGUUUAUUUCUGUGUUAUAUUCUCAACAUAAUCGAAAUUUUUGCAAAUCCUAUUGAUAUACCAAAUCCAAAUCUAUCCAUUUUGCCAAAUCAACUUUUUAAUAACAGCUAUCUACUGGCAUAUCAGGGUUUCGAGUUGAAGGAAAAUCAAAAUCCUACUGAAGCAAGAGAGAAACGGUUUUUGGAUGACUUGUAUUAUAUCAUGUAUUAUUUGUACGAUGAUGAUGAUGACGACGAUGAGAAUGAUGAUUCGAGCAGUGAAGAGGAUAGUAAUGAUGAUAAAGUUGGAAAGGGGAAAUAUGAUCUCUGUCACAAUUGCACCGUUAACUAUAAUAAAAUUAAUCAAGUGCAACAUAUUCAUCAGCAUGGCGCACCGCCAUCAAAUUCAACUAUAUCAAAUGCAAAUAAUAAAAUAGAAAUCAAGGAACCCUCAAUACCCAGCAUUACAGAACAAAAUUUGCAACCACCUAUCAAAAAACCAGAGGAGACUAUUGAAACUACAGCAGCAGCAAUUCCUGAAAAUACAGCAACAAAUCCUACAAAUACAGCAGUUGUACCAGUAGUAACUGAAAAAACAGACGAAUCUGCUGUUAAAGCUACAACUAUAAAAACAGCAGUUGUACCUACAGUAACUGAAAAAACAGAUGAAUCUGCUGUUAAAGCGACAACUAUAAAAACGGAGGCGGAGACAGUAAAAGCCGAGGCUCCGGCCACUGUUGAGGAAUAAUUUCUACAUAUUUUUUUUUACAAAUUUUGUCUUUUAAUUAAAACUUGCUUUUUAGAAAUUUACAAUAAGUACACACAGAAAACAGAUUCGUGAUAGCAACCGAAUUUGUUUCCAAUCGAAUGAUUCGGUUGUACACAUAGAAUUUUUCGGUUCUAUCAACAGAAAGUCAGUUGAUAAAGAAGAAUUUCGGUUGAAGAAACCAAUCUUUUGUUACUCCUUCUAAAAUUUUGUAGCCACAACUGUAAAAUUCGGUCACUAAGGCAGAAUCAUUCGAUUGGCAACAAAUUCGGUUGCUAUCACGAAUCUGUUUUCUAUGUGUAUUUACUUAAAAUGAAUUAAUGAUGUUAUUCUUAAAUAAGAUUAAGUAUCUAGUUCCAACAGUGUUGUUAUGAUCCCUAUAAAUAGUCCUAACACUUUUUAUCAAAGGGUCAUG